AACACGGCGAGGAUAAAGCAAGAUGGCGUCUGACGGUGAAGACGUUAUUGCAGUCGUCACAGUUCAGUGUUCUUAAUCUGUGCCUCCAUGUACACAUAUAUGUCCUUUAUUACACUCUAGUAAAUAGAGUAAACAUCGUUAAUAACUUAGCGCACUUUGAUGCUUCUCCAGCUAGCUUAGCUUGCUAGUUAGCUUAGCUUGUUAGCUGCUAACAAAGAGAGGCGGAAGUGAUCAAAACACAUCGCUAAGCAGAGAUCAAGUGUGAGUGUAAAGUGUUGUGAUUGUGUGAAAAUGUGCGAAAGAACCAUAGCAGAGUACGAGGAGGAACUUUGUCCAACAAAAGAGGAGAAGGAGCGACAACAUCAAAAACAUCAAGUUGUGUUACACAGAACAGACAUCCAUCAGCUGAUUGGACACCAAGAAGAAUGUCUCCCUCAUCUGCAGGGGGACAGUUUCACUUCAGAGUAUCCACAGCCCUCUUAUUUUAAAGAGGAAGAGGAGGGAGAGUGUCCUGUAGGGCAGGAGGAGGCUGACCUCAGCAAGUUUCCACUGACUGUUGUCUCUGUGAAGACUGAAGAGCAUGAAGACAAACCACCUGAGUCCUCACAGCUUCAUCACAGUCCAAAUGUCUGUGAAGAACUUCUUCUCCCUGAGCAACAGAAGUGGAAUUUCAGGACGGAGCCACAGCCCUCCCACGAUAAAAAAGAAGAGGAACACCCACUGAUCCCCCAUUUUAAAGAGGAAGAGGAUGACCCACAGACCACUGACAUCAAAAAGGUAGAGGAGGACCCACUGACACCCCGUUUUAAAGAGGAAGUAGUGGAUCAACUGAGUCCUCACAUUAAGGAGGAAGAGGAGGACCCACUGAGCCCUCACAUUAAAGAGGAAGACCCACUGAGCCCUCACAUUAAAGAGGAAGAGGAGGAACACAGCAUCAGUCAGGAGGGUGAGCAUCUUGAUUGGUUGGAGGAGUUCCCAGUCAUUGUUGUCCCUGUGAAGAGUGAAGAUGAUGAGGUCAAAGGUGAGAGUGAGGAGAGGGGAGGGGCGGAGCCUCCAAGCAGCAGCUCAACUCAACACAUGACAACAGAAGCUGAUGGAGACCACUGUGGAGGAUCACAAGCAGACAAGCUCUUAGCUCCACUAUCAGAUAGUGAGGACACAACGUCACACUCUCCUGACACUGAUGAUGAAGACUCUAAAGAUGAUAAGACAUGUCACACUGACAACACACACCUCACAUGUUCUCACUGCGACAAAACUUUUAAAUAUCCUAGUAAAUUGAAAAUACACAUGAGAACACACACUGCAGGAAAAACUUUUUCAUGUUCAAUAUGCGGUAAAGAUUUUACUGAUAGGCACGAUUUGAAAAUACACAUGAGAACACACACUGGAGAAAAACCUUUUUCCUGCUCAGAAUGUGGUAAAAGUUUUGUAACGAAUAAAACCUUAAAAGCACAUAUGGGAACACACACUGAAGAAAAACCGUUUUUAUGUUCAAUCUGUGGUAAAGGUUUUACUCGAAGGUACUAUUUCAAAACACACAUGAGAACACACACUGGAGAAAAACCUUUUUCGUGUUCAAUUUGCGGUAAAGAUUUUACUCAUAGGCACGAUUUGAAAAUACACAUUAGAAUACACACUGGAGAAAAACCUUUUUCCUGCUCGGAAUGCGGUAAAGGUUUUAUUCAAAGGUACAAUUUGAACGUACACAUGAGAAUACACACCGGAGAAAAGCCUUUUUCCUGCUCAGAAUGUGAUAAAAGUUUUAUAACAAAUCAAACCUUAAAAGCCCACAUGGAAACACACAAAGAAGAAAAACCUUAUUUAUGUUUAGUCUGUGGUAAAGAUUUCACUCGAAGGUACUAUUUCAAAACACACAUGAGUACACACACCGGGGAAAAAACUUUUUCUUGUUCAAUCUGCGGUAAAGAUUUUACUCGAAGUGAGAAUUUCAAAACACACAUGAGAAUACACACUGGAGAAAAACCUUUUUUAUGUUCAAUUUGUGGUAAAGAUUUUAAUCGAAGGGACUAUUUCAAAACACACAUGAGAAUACACACUGGAGAAAAACCUUACACGUGUUCAGUAUGUUGUAAAAGUUUUAUACAAACGACAUAUUUGAAAAGACACAUGAGAACACACACAUGAGAGAAAGUGUUGAGUUGCAGUGUGUGUGGUGAAAGAUUCUCUUCUAAGUCCCAGUGUAAGAAACACAAGUGUGCUGGUGAGAACAGCAGCAGCAAAUGAAGAUGCAGGAUUUGAAAUAAACUGUCAAAACUUGACUUUGACCUUCUAGCAACAUCAGCACAUAGUUUCUAACAUUUAUAGAUUAGAUAUAGAUUAUUGUUUUGUUCAGUCAGGUACAUGUUUUAUUAUUAAACUUACUUUUAUUUAAAAAUUAACACAACACUUUGACAGUAAAGGUGAGAAUAAACAGGACAAAACAUGUUGCAAAUACUUUUUUGUGUAUAGAGAUAUUCAGAAAUCAUUUUUUAUUAGUAAUGAUGCAAUAAAUGAACUCCUUUAUAUGAUGUACAUAUUUGUUUUACAUGUGUUCAUACCUUUGCUUUUGAGUACACAUAAAUCCCUCUUAGUUCAUAUUUACUGGUUCACAUCUGAAACAUCUUCUGGACCACUUCUGGAAGCAUAUUAUUAUUUACUUUAUACAUCAUUUGAACAGUUGUCUUUUAUACAAGAUCAUUUACUUUUAAAAUGUGUGACUUUCUGAAUCAUUUGUUGGGUCUCUAUAUUCCAUUCUUUUAAUUAUCUUUAUUACGCUCUUUUGUAAUAUGAAUAUUGUUUUAUAUGUAUGUCCCCUUUAUGCAAUAUGUAGAUGAGAGAAAAUGGCAACAUUAUAUGUGGAAGGUUGUGAAGGAUAGUUUUGUUUUUAAUAAUCAACAUUUUUUAUUAAAACACUACAUGACAA